AUGACGGAGCCGCGCAUGCGCAUGCGGCAGAAGGGCCAGCAAUUCGACACGCGAGACCUCGAGGCCUACUUGAUCGCCUUUGGCGAUGACCGCAAUCCGCUGCCCGAGACCGUCCGCGUCCUGGACGAGAUCAUUACCGACUUCAUCAUCGAGACGUGUCACGAAGCCGCCCUCUGCGCGUCUUACUCCCGCCGCGCCAAGAUCAAGGUCGACGACUUCAAAUUCAUCCUGCGCAAGGACCCCGUCAAGCUUGGCAGAGUGACGGAGCUGUUGAACAAGGAGAAGGAGAUCAAAUCUCAGCGGAAGGUGUUUGCUGUCGACGACGAACAGAUCGGCAAGGAGGAGACGCAGAAGGAAGAGGUGAAAAAAGGCAAGCGCAAGGAUGAACGCAAGGACGAGCGCAAGGACGAGCGCGCGGCGAAGAAGGCGAAGAGCACCAGAGACUGA